ACUCCCAGCAGCCCCUGUCACACGUGUGUUGUGGAUUCUCUUACCCCCCUGCGGUGUGUGACACGAUGUCUCAGUCCUGUGACCCCCCCCAAAUCCUUUGUAGGAAAACUGUCACCCCAGAAAUACAAAAAAGGUGGAAGGGGUCUUCUAUGUGAAUGAUCCUCUGGAGAAGCUGAUGUUUGAGGAGCUGAGGAACGCGAGCCGCGGUGGAGCCGCUGGAGGGUUCCUUCCCGCCAUGAAGCAGAUCGGCAACGUCGCAGCUUUACCUGGGAUUGUUCACAGAUCCAUUGGGCUACCAGAUGUCCACUCCGGCUAUGGAUUUGCCAUUGGAAACAUGGCGGCGUUUGAUAUGGCAAACCCUGAUGCCGUUGUCUCCCCAGGUGGUGUUGGUUUUGACAUCAACUGUGGGGUCCGAUUGCUUCGUACAAACCUGGAUGAGAGUGACGUGCAGCCAGUGAAGGAGCAGCUUGCCCAGUCCAUGUUCGACCAUAUCCCUGUAGGGGUCGGAUCCAAAGGGGUCAUCCCUAUGGGAGCCAAGGACCUUGAGGAAGCCCUUGAGAUGGGGGUGGACUGGUCGCUGCGCGAAGGCUACGCCUGGGCCGAGGACAAGGAACACUGCGAGGAAUAUGGCCGAAUGCUUCAGGCCGACCCCAGCAAGGUCUCCUCUAAAGCCAAGAAACGAGGCCUGCCCCAGCUGGGGACCCUCGGAGCCGGAAACCAUUACGCCGAAGUCCAGGUGGUUGAUGAGAUAUACGACGAGUACGCCGCCAAGAAAAUGGGCAUCGACCACAAGGGGCAGGUGUGUGUCAUGAUCCACAGCGGCAGCCGAGGCUUGGGGCAUCAAGUGGCAACAGAUGCUCUGGUUGCCAUGGAGAAAGCGAUGAAGAGGGACAAGAUCACGGUGAAUGAUCGACAGUUGGCAUGCGCCCGCAUUUCCUCCGACGAGGGGCAGGAUUACCUCAAAGGCAUGGCUGCCGCGGGCAACUACGCUUGGGUCAACCGCUCCUCCAUGACCUUCCUCACCAGACAGGCCUUCUCCAAAGUAUUCAACACGCCUCCCGACGACCUGGACAUGCACGUGAUCUACGACGUGUCCCACAACAUCGCCAAGGUGGAGCAACAUGUGGUGGAGGGGAAGGAGAUGACUCUGCUGGUGCACAGAAAGGGGGCCACCCGAGCCUUCCCUCCCCAUCACCCCCUCAUUCCUGUGGAUUAUCAGUUGACUGGGCAGCCGGUAUUGAUCGGUGGGACCAUGGGAACCUGCAGCUAUGUCCUCACUGGAACUGACCAGGGCAUGACUGAGACGUUUGGCACUACCUGCCAUGGUGCUGGUCGUGCCCUCUCCAGAGCCAAAUCAAGAAGAAACCUUGAUUUCCAAGAUGUGCUGGACAAACUGGCUGACCUGGGCAUCGCCAUCCGCGUGGCUUCCCCAAAACUGGUCAUGGAAGAGGCUCCUGAAUCGUACAAGAACGUCACAGAUGUAGUGAAUACCUGUCACGAUGCCGGCAUCAGCAAGAAAGCCAUCAAGCUGCGCCCCAUUGCGGUCAUCAAAGGUUGAGCACGGGCCCCCUGGGAAAUCAGUGACUGAUAACGCCAAUAUUCGCGCCCUUUAUACCUGUCAUUCUGGCAGAUAUUGGGAGUCAUUGCACUGCAGCAUGCAAAGGGUUAAUCCUCUGCACUUACACGGCUACAGCCAAGCUUCUCAAAUCUCUCUCUCCACCGGAAAGUGAUCGACACCCCAAAAAUAAUAUUAAUAAUAAUUUUUUUGACUGAGAAUUAUCAGUGCUUUUCUUUCUCCCCAUCACGGGUGUCAUUUACUAACACCGGGCUAACUUUCUCCCUGCUGCAGUAACCCAUAGCAACCAGCCUCAGAUUUGAUCUGAUUGUCCCAACUGCAGUGGACUGAUCAAAGCUUAUUGCUGAUAGGUUGCUAUGGGUUACUGCUUUGUGACGUAUUUUCCCGGUGUUAGAUAUGGGCCCCUGUAUAUUUUUUUGUCUGACCUGAAACUAUGUAUCAUAAUGAUACCUUAUAGGUAUUAGAAGGGGCAGGAAGAAGCUGUUUUUGGUUUGUAUAAAAUCUGCUUUUUUUUAUUGGUCAGGCAGUUUAAAGUAGAGUCUCUGGGCCCCUGGGGACGACAUACAGAAGACAUAUAGGGUUAAAUAUUUGCCUAUAAGGGAUAUUCUUUUGUUCAGCUGUUGGUGAGAGUUGUAGCUCAACAAUCCCGUAGGGCCACACUAUGUCUGAACUAGAGACAAGUCGCUCAGCCCGAUUUGCCGUCAUAUGAUUCAAGCAAUCGAUUGAUGACAUCGUGGUGGGAGUUGUAGUGCAACAACACUUGCAGGGCUCCCUGAUUUGUUAAUGUUCUCCCCUUCAGUUGAGCAGCUUUGCAAAUCACUAUUUGCCUUACUCUUGACAAGGGUCUGUUCUUUCAAUUCAGUUGCCCUUUUUUGAAACGUAAAGGAUGAAAUAAAAAAUAAUCCUUACAAGCAAAAA